GUAUAGAAUCACACAAACAUUUACUGCACAAAGUUAUAUCCUAUAUUUUAGGAUUCUACAAAAUAUUAUUUUAUAAUUUAUGUUAUUUAUGUUAUAAACUAAACUGGCGUAAACUUGCAUAGCGGUGUAUUGGUUGUGGGACUUGAAACAACUUGAAAGACGAGCAUCUUCGGAAACGUUAUAAUUAUCAUGAAGAAAAGAAAAACGAGACGUCAACUUUUGUCAGAGAAAAAAGCUAUUGCUAAACAAUUGGUUGAUAAAGCAAAUUCAGUGACAAAUCCUUUAGACCCUUUAAAUGAUUUUCAUAAAUAUACAACCAAAGAUAAUCAAAUUAUUGAACUAUCUUGUAUGAGAGCCAAAGAUGCGCUUCCGGAAUGCAAAUCUUGGAUAUUUGAUAUUAUGGAACGUAAUAUGAAAUCUCUGUAUGAGCAGUGUGAUUGGGGGUGGGAUCCAAUUGCUAAACAAAAAGAAUUAACAGAGCCAGCAGCUUGGUAUUUAAUAGCUUCUUCUAAUAAUGUAUAUCUUGGAUUUUCUCAUUUUCGAUUUGAUACAGACAAUAGAGAAGAAGUAUUAUAUUGCUAUGAGAUACAGUUGGAAUCUGUAAUAAGAAGAAAAGGGCUUGGUCAUUUCAUGAUGUCAGCUCUUGAAUCUAUGGCAUUGGAAAACAAAAUGCGUAAAGUAGUUUUAACUGUAUUUAAACAUAAUCCAUCGGCUGUACAGUUUUUUUAUUCUCUUGGUUACAAAUUGGAUAAGACCAGUCUACCAAUAUCUGAUGAAGCACAUUACAUUAUUUUAAGUAAAUUUGUAAAAUGAAGCCAAAUGAAUUCAACAAAAUAUUAGAUUAUUUAACCUAAGACUGUGUUUUAUGGAAUAAAACUGGUAAUAUUUGGUGUGGACAUAAAUUGACAAUAGGAGAUUUCAAAGAUGGUCCUACAUUAUGAAAUGUGAGAGGAGCUUUACUAAUGAUCCAGUCAUCUAUAUAAUUGAGAAACUUUGUUAAAUCAACUUCUACUGAUUCAGAAAUAUUGAAAUGGCGUGAAUAAAAGUUGUUAUUCCAACACA